AUGUUCGAACUCAGCCAGGGCGAUAUUGUCCGGCGGCUAAAGUCCGAAAAAGCCAACGAUGUGGAGAUCCAAUGUGCUGUUGCAGAACUGAAAGCUAGGAAGAAGAUGCUAGAGGAAAAAGUUGAGAUGACUAAACUUACUAAACAGGAUCACAAAAUCGAUCGAUCAAAGUUGGAGGAUUUACUUAAACAGCGAUUUGUAUAUGAUCAAUCCUUUUCAAUAUAUGGGGGUGUGCAAGGUCUUUAUGAUUGCGGUCCAACAGGUUGCGCCAUCAAGGCUAAUCUUUUGGCCGCUUGGCGACAAUUUUUUGUUCUAGAGGAGCAGCUUCUAGAAGUUGAUUGCUCCAUACUAACUCCGGAAUGUGUUUUGAAGGCAUCUGGCCACUUGGAGCGCUUCACAGACUACAUGGUUCGUGAUGCGGUAACUGGUGAAUGUUUUCGUGCCGAUCAUCUCAUUGAGGCAGCACUUGAAGCCAUUCGCUUCUCCAAGUGUACUAGUGAAGCUGAAAAGUCCGAAAUUGACAAAUGUCUGUCACAGUUAGAAGGCUUUAGCGCCGAUGAGUUGGAGGAACUAAUAGCUCGUUACUCUAUCAAGUCACCCAUCACCAAGAACGACCUGACACCCCCACAAAAGUUCAAUCUCAUGUUCCCUACAUCUAUUGGGCCAACUGGUCAAUACCAUGGAUUCUUGAGGCCCGAAACGGCGCAGGGAAUUUUUGUGAAUUUUCAACGUCUGCUCCAUUUCAACCAAGGUCGACUACCUUUUGGUGCAGCCCAAAUCGGGUCCGCUUUCAGAAAUGAAAUCAGUCCACGCUCUGGAGUGAUUCGAGUGCGUGAAUUCACAAUGGCCGAGAUUGAGUACUUUGUGGAUCCCAAGGACAAGUCUCACCCCAAAUUUGCGCAAUAUGCUGAUCUCAAACUCCCCCUCUUCUCCGCUUGUGAUCAGAUGGACGGCAAGUCGACUCAGGAAGUCCCACUUAAAGAUGCCGUCGCUAGGGGGAUAAUUGCAAAUGAGACGUUGGGCUACUUCAUGGCUCGCAUCUUCCUCUUUCUCUAUAUGGUGGGUGUAAAGCCGGAUCGGUGCCGCUUCCGGCAGCACAUGAAGAAUGAGAUGGCACACUACGCGCGCGACUGCUGGGAUGCCGAAUGCCUCACCACAUACGGGUGGAUCGAGUGCGUGGGCUGUGCGGAUCGUAGUUGCUUUGAUCUCACCCAACACCAAAAUGCCACCGGUGCGCGUCUUACGGCUGAGAAACUUCUUCCCGAACCGGUAACAGUGCAUGAAGUGAAAUGUGUGCCAAAUAAGGCGAAAAUCGGUCAGACAUAUCGUGGCGAGGCUGCCCAAAUUUUAAACGCCUUUGCAGCACUUUCACCUGAGGCGAGUCUCAAGAUCAAGGAAGAGCUUGCCAGUUCAGGAAAAUAUGCCCUCCUCGUUAAUGGAUCUCAAUUCGAAGUCACGUCCGAUAUGGUUACGGUAAAGGAAAAGGAUGUGCGUGUACAUGUCGAAGAGAUCGUGCCCAGUGUCAUAGAGCCCUCCUUUGGUAUCGGCCGUAUUAUGUACGCCAUUCUGGAGCAGAACUUCCAUACACGCGAGAACGAUGAACAGAGAACCUACCUUUCCCUGCCGCCCAUUAUAGCACCAUACAAGUGCUCCGUUCUUCCCCUCUCCUUGCACCCGGACUUUGUGCCGUUUGUGCGCCAUCUCUCCAAAGAACUGACACGUGUGGGCAUUUCGCAUCGUGUGGACGAAAGUGGUGGCUCCAUUGGCCGUCGCUACGCUCGCACCGAUCAAAUUGCCAUUCCCUAUGGUAUUACCAUCGACUUUGACACGGUGAAUCAGAAGCCGCCUUCAGCCUCCCUUCGGGAGCGGGAAACCAUGAAACAGAUUCGUGUCCCGAUUGAAGAUUUGCCUGAUCUCGUCAGCGAUCUCGCCAAUGGGAUAGUCUCCUGGCAUGACGCGCUUGCGAAUUAUCCUCUUUUUGAGCAUCAGGAGGCUAGCAAAUAA